GUCCUCGCUUACACAGUAUGGCCGGCGACAUUAGCUAGCGCUCGCUCUAUGCUCUUCUCUGUAACGGGAACCAGCGGAGUAAAAGAGACUGAACAGCAUCUGCCUCUAUUUCCAACACAGACUCACGUUCAACUUUCGCACGAGAGGAAAAAAAAAAAAAAAAAAAGCCGGGAAAAAUUUUAUUAAUUUUUUUAAAAAAGUUAAUAUAAAAUUAUAACAAGCAAAAAAAGAACCACACGCACGCAAAAAAAAAAAAAAAAAACAAACAAAAAACAAACAAAAAAAAACCUCCUGAACUUUAAAGAAGCAGCAGGAACAACCCGCAGCGGCGGAGGCGGCGGCGGCGGGAGAAGAGAUUUAAUUUAGUUGAUUUUCUGUGGUUGUUGGUUGUUCGCUUGUCUCACAGUGAUGGAAGCUGCACACUUCUUCGAAGGGACCGAGAAGCUGCUGGAGGUUUGGUUCUACCGGCAGCAGCCAGACGACGGCAAAGGAUCUGGGGAUCUCCGCACCAUCCCAAGGUUUGAGUGGGACAAACUUUUGGAGAAUGUGCAUUGUUUAAUCAUAAGUGUGACAAAAACUGACAAGCAGGAAGCUUAUGUACUCAGUGAGAGUAGCAUGUUUGUCUCCAAGAGACGUUUCAUUUUGAAGACAUGUGGUACCACCCUCUUACUGCAAGCACUGGUCCCCCUGUUGGAGCUUGCUAGGGAGUACAGUGGGUUUGACUCAAUUCAAAGCUUCUUUUAUUCUCGUAAGAAUUUCAUGAAGCCUUCUCACCAGGAGUACCCACACAGGAAUUUCCAGGAAGAAGUAGAAUUCCUUAAUGAAAUUUUCCCAAAUGGAGCAGCAUAUUGUAUGGGGCGUAUGAAUUCUGAUUGCUGGUACUUGUACACUCUGGAUUUUCCAGAGAGUCGAGUCAUUAAUCAGCCAGAUCAGACACUGGAAAUUCUGAUGAGUGAGCUUGACCCAGCAGUUAUGGACCAGUUCUACAUGAAAGAUGGUGUUACUGCAAAUGAUGUCACUCGUGUGAGUGGAAUUCGUGACCUGAUACCAGGUUCUGUCAUUGAUGCUACAAUGUUCAAUCCUUGUGGGUAUUCAAUGAAUGGAAUGAAAUCGGAUGGAACUUAUUGGACUAUUCACAUCACUCCAGAACCAGAAUUUUCUUAUGUUAGCUUUGAAACUAACAUAGGUCAGACCUCUUACGAUGACCUGAUCAGGAAAGUAGUGGAAAUUUUCAAGCCUGGAAAAUUUGUGACCACCCUCUUUGUAAAUCAGAGUUCUAAAUGUCGCACAGUGUUUUCUUCGGCCCAAAAGAUUGAAGGGUUUAAACGUCUUGAUCGCCAGAUUGCUCAGUUCAAUGAUUACAAUUUCGUUUUUACCAGUUUUGCUAAGAAUCGUCAGCAACAGCAGAGUUGAUUAAGAAAAAUGAAGAAAAAACGCAAAAAGAGAACACAAAUAGAAGGUGGUGGCAGCUUUCUAGUUAAUGAUACAGGGGGCCAUGCUUUCCAUACCCACCACCUUGUAGUUUCGGAAAGCCCUAGAUGUAAUCAUAGUAUAAUCAUUUUGAAUUGUAUGCAUUAUUAUAUCAAGGAGUUAGAUAUCUUGCAUGACUGCUCUCUUCUGUGUUUAGGUAUUCUAUGCCACUCUUGCUGUGAACUUGAAGUGCAUGUAGAGAAAAACUUUUACUGUAUGAGACUUUACAACACUUGUAAAAACAAUUCAAUUAGGAUUAUGCACGGUGUAAUUUUUCUCCAGGUAUCACCAAAAAUCCCCCACAGACAAGGCUUUCGUCCUCAUUAGGUGUUGGCCUCAGCCUAAAUCAUCUGGGACUGUUCUGUUAAAUUACUGCCAGAUAUUUUUUGUGGGCAGUUUCUUCCAAUUUCUAGACCACAUUUUUCUCUAUUAAUUCUAAUGAAAUUAAUGACUAAUUUAAAACACAAAUGCACUUGAGAAAUUAGUAACUUUACCUUCUUAAUGAAAAUUAAUGAUUACUUGGAACUGAUCAUUUUAUUAUAUUAAAAUUUUGAGUAUUGGAACAUUAUUUUUGCUCCCUGUAUCUUUAGUUCUUUAAGCUCAGUGAUUUCCACUUCCCCUUCAUAAAAUGAGCAAUAUACUGUUGCACUGAGUUUAACAUUAGCCUUUCACCUUUUGGGGGAAGAAGCUUCCUCCAGAUCUAAAUUUAUGUCAAGGUGGGUUUGGUGGUCUCUUUUGAUGUAUGAUUGGCAAGGAGGGGGGAGUGGGGCACCAAGACUUUCUCCAUUAUGUGUGGGUUAUAAUUAGAAUGCAUUGACAGAAGGUUCUAACUAUGCUAUUUCCAUACUCCACAGCUAAUAGAGCACCAAAUGUAUAGCCACAAACCUUCAAAUACUUAAUAAUUUUUUUAAAUCAACAAAUUUAAUAGGGAGAUUUAGUGUAAAAGAGAUGGAAUUUACCAGACUAGAUAUUCCGGUCAGCUUGGAUCAUUCACCAUAACUUUUUCCUUAGCAGCCAUUUCAACCUAAUUGUGAGUAAAGAAUAUACUGUUAACCUAAUUUUGUUGUUCCAAGCAGAAUUGAUAUGCCUUUUUAUCUUGUGACUGAAAGUCCUGUGAUAUUGUGGUGCAUGAGACUAUUAUGCUGUAUUUGAUAGUGUUGUGACUUCAUCUGUUCCUCUUAAUUAAUGUGGUGAUUCCUUUAACCAUGAUUUGAUGGCAUCAAGUGAAUGACUGCACAAAGUGAGAAUUGUCUAGGUUAUUUGGACAGACAGUGAAGUAAAAUACUAUUGAUUUAAAAUAAGGCAUGUUCAGAAAUGGUCAUUUAAUGGAUGACUAGUAGAUGCAGGCUUUCAAGAGUUGGCAUUUUCAACAAAUAACUGUGGGAUUUUAGCAGUUGUGAGACCAACAAAAUUAACUUUUAAAUUUUCCUCUUGUCCUCUAAUUUUGUUUUGACUUUCUGGAUUGAUGCAGUGGUGUUUUGUUCCUUCCGUAUUUAUAAAUGAAACACUUUUUUUUAGUGUUUCUAAACUUUAAAAAAUCUGCUUGGUUAGUAAUCAAGUGGUUGGAACACUGUUUUGACUUUUAUUUUAAGCAUGUUGUUGACUAAAGGCUUCAUUGAAGGAAGCAUUCUACCAACCUAGUAAAUUUGAUUCUGUGAUCUGUAAUGAGGCACCUGAUAUUUUUUGGUGCUUGAUAUUUUUGAGGACCAAUAAUUCAAGUGGAUUUUGUUCUUGAACAGUGUCCCAAAAGAUUUGAAGAUGACAUUUGUUGGCUUGAGGUCUGAUUUUUUUUUUUUUUUUUUUUAAUAUACUGAACAUCCCUUUCUAUCUAGUUGAAAAAUGCACAAAUUUAUAUAAGUAUCAAAACAAGCCUCUGAUAGAAAAGUGAAAGCUGUUGAAUGGAUAUUAAUCUAAAUUAAUCUAGUAUGAUCAGAAGAGGUGAAGUUUUGGUGUCAUAAUUUCUCUCUUCAUGGUGUUGGACUUUAAUCAGUUAAAAUGUAUUUUUAAAAUCUGUACCACAAAACUUAAUGCUUCAAUAAAAGUUUGCUUAAUUAAUUGUUUAGAGACAUUCAGAGAUUUUUUUUAAACGUUAAAUCAUGUCAAACCUCAAAAACAAUCAGGGUUCUGUUCACCAAAUUCUUUGGCAUCUUAAUUUUCAGAGUUGGUACAGAAAUGGAGCUAUUCUGCCCCUUAAACAUCUUGGACAUCUGUUCUCUCCUUUUCAUUCUACUACCUUAACUUUGCUGCAACCUUUAAUCUGAUAAACUUACUCCUAGAUCCCAUUGCCCCAGAAAUACAUUCCUAGUAUUCAAACUAACCCCGUUUUACUUCAUGUACCACUUCACAUAACUCUUUUUCAUCCAGACAGAAUUCAGCCAUGGUCUUUGCCCACCUCUUCCCAUAUCGGUACUGUGCCUUUAUAACUUUUACUGAAAGGGAUUUCCCUUUUUUGAUCCCAACUCUCCUCUUAACUUUUCUAAUCCUUCCCCUCAAGAGGAAGGCCAGCUCACUUAGAAAAUUUUCUUUUUCUUUCAUACAUUCCCUUGUUAUUUCUAUAUAUUCUUACUCUGCCCAGUUUGAGUUUAAGCUCAAGAAUAGGACCUUUGUCUUUGUAUCCCUAGCACCUAGUAUAGUACUUUGUGUGUAGUAUUUAACAUUUGCUUAAAAUACUAGUCUGCUAACAACCCUUCUGAGACAUCUAAUAGUGUCUUGUUUGACCUAUGCCCAUUGUUCAUCAACUUCUUGGGUACAUUUUCAGAUAACUACUGAACAAACAAGGUUUCUUUAGUCUAAAUAUUUACUAGAUUGGGUGUAUUAAAUUUGUCAUUGGCUUUUAAAAAAAUCAUUACCUGGUUGGCUAACCUGUACAAAUUGAGCCUUUCCAGCUUCCAUUAAGAUGGGAGAUCUUGUGUUCUGUGCUCUUAAAUCUUGGAAAUUAAACUGACUGAUUUACCCAAUAUCACAAAAAUAAUAAGGGUCCAAAGUUAGGAUUUGAACCUAGAUCCAUUAAUUCCAGAGCUAGGGCUUUUUCCUCUUAUCCUAAGGAACUUCUGCCAUAGCCUGUAAAGUUACAAAAUAAUAUUCCCCUGUUGAAAAUAUCCCUGUUAACCUAGAAGUAGAUUAGAUUUAUCUUGUAAGCCAGCUUAUAAAUAAGCCUCUUUCCCUACUUGCUCUAUUCAGUGCUGAGUGGGGAUGGAAAAUUAAUGGAGAAAGGAUCUUGACUCUAAAGUUAAAACUUACACAUUUCCUAGAUAAGGUAAAAUACUCCAAAACACAUUCUGAUACCUUGUACUCCAGAUCUAUGAGAAACUCAGAUGGUCACUUCUAUGGUUCUUGAUCCUUCUACUUGAAGAAUUUAUCAACUGUUUUACUUUUAGCACAGAGGCUAUCAUAAGUAUAUCAGAAUUGCCAGGUUUUAUUUUUUUAAAAAAUUCCUCUUCCAUCUAGAGGGCUGAAAUAUUGUAAUUAUCACUUCUCUAUGAAAUGUUUUGCUUAUAUUUUCUCAGUUAACAGCUACUUUGGGGUAGGAAAUUUUAAAGCACCUAGGAGGCCAUGGUAUGGUACUUGACAAUGUUCACAUUGUGGAGACAAACUUUGGGUUCAGAUUUCUCAAAAUUCUUUCUACUACUGCCUAGAUGGGCAGAAAGAAGUAAGAAUAUGCGAUUAAACCUCCUUAUCCAUCCAUUUGAGCCCCCGUCAAAGGUGUUAGCAUCAAGUCCCAGUGGAUGCAUGGCAAAGACAAUUCUCUUGAUAAUUCUGCCCUUUUUGUCCCAUCUUUAUUUGGCUUUAUUCUAAGGAAAGUCUUGGCUCGAAUCCUCAAUCUGCUACUUGAUAACAUUUCAAUUAAUUUGGACUGCUUCUUGGCACUUCUGGGCUUCAGUUUUUUACAAAUGUAGUUUAAUAUGUUUUGGGUUUGCAAGGUUUAUCUUUCUAUUAUCAUACUCAAGUCAUUAUAUAAGGUCAAUAAUUUCCUUUAUAUAUAAUGCCAUUAGAUCAUAAAAGCUUCCUGGGAAUUUUUUUGUACAUUCAAUGAUUGUAUUUUUUUCUAUAUCAUACCUGCAAUUGUUUUCUGGGGGGAAAAACUCCUUCAAAUCCUAGAUUACAUAUUUGUGAGAGAGUAUUAAUUAUUGUUGGUCACACUGCCCUGUUGCUCAAAUAAAUCUUGAAAUUCUUUUCCUCCUGUUAAGCACAUUUAACUUGCAAAGAUUAAUUCAAAUAAUUAUGAUUUAAAAAUCAUAAAAGACCUUAUAAAACACUAUAUAAAUGUCAGGUAUAACCAAUUUGUAUUUGUAUCCCUCUAUACCUUUGUUUUUUCACCAUGUUUCCCUCUUGAAGUGUUUUUUCCAUUUUUCUUAAGGGAAACCCAGCUCUGUUUUGGAUUAUAUCAGUAAAAAUAUUCCAUUUUCCUUUUUUUUCCCCUUGUACUUUUUGCAAACUUGUUUAUUAAUGGGUUGGAGAAGAAAUGGCAUGAGCUGGGCUUAAGUAAUAUAACAUUCCAUUUAAGAAUCUGAUCUCCUGAAACAGCUUUUGCUGAUAACCUAAGUGUGCCUUUAUUUUUAAAUGAUCUUUCCAUGCAUUGUGUAUUUUUCCGAUGGUCCAACUAUUUUUCAUCAGGGUGGUCCAAGCUUGUCUUGAUGUUUCUUAUUUUUUGUUACUCCUGUAUCACAUCAUGAUGGAUGAUAGUUAUGGAUUUAUGUAUAAUAUACUGUCUUAAAAGUGUUAAACAAAAUUUGGCUUUGGUAACUACUUUUUAGAUUCCAUCUCUCACUUUAGGAAGAUUCAGAAAGAACUGUCAAUAGUCAGGGAAUGUUUAUGUAGAAGAGGAAUUUAAUCUGCAAUGGGAGGAAUUUUAUCUGGAGUAGUUUUGAGUAAGAAAGGAACAUUAAUAGGAAAUUUAUACUUUCCACUAAACUAGGUCAAAUGAUAUACUCUGACUUGAAAGAACUUACAAUUAAGUUCAGUCCUUUAAUAUUUGUAAGGUAAAUAAGGUCACUCAGUUCUUGUACUAGCUACAUUUAAAAAUAAAACUAUAGUUUUGGUAAAUGAAAGUAGUCUUGAUGAAUUUAUCUCUUGACUGGAAGGUUCAGUCUUUUCUUACACAGAAUUGUUGAUCACAAAGGGCAAGCCCUGAUUUGUUUGUUCAUUGCAAAAACUGCUUCACAUGGAAGAAGAAUGUUUAUUUCUUCUCUGCAAAUAUUUGGUUUUGACCUCAGGUCAGAUUGCAUGAGAUCAAAGCAAAGUCCUGUUGAUACCAAAGAACACCCUGUCUUAGCUGCUUUAUUCUAAAGCUGAGUGUUUAGCUUCAGAGAUCUUUAUGGAAUUAAUGGAAAAUAGUAGGUAAGGAAUAAAAAGAUUAUCCCAGUGCUAGGAGUGGAGCUGGAGGUAAAAACAGUCAAUUUUUCAGGGUCUUGGCAACAGAAUUUCCCUAGGGGACAAGAGGUCUCUUAAUUUUGAAGUUAUCUUUUACUUAAGUCAUGCUAAACUACUACCAUUCACUUGGCAGUAAUGUGCUGCUGGAUGUGAUAUUCCUUUAAUUGUCUUGCAUUGAAAAGCACCUUUCUGCUUUUCUUCUUCCCCUCCCCUCCCCUUGCAUUUGUGGUCUUUUGCAGGACAGGAACAAUAUUAAAUUUAUCUUUGUAUUUCCAGUGCCUUACAUAUAUUAGGUGCUCAAUAAAUAUUUUAUUAAUAUGUUGUAUUCUGCAAACUAAACUCAGGGAGCCUUUAUCCCCAAGACCAAGUUAUGGGUCCUCAUCAUUAAUUGAUGUCAACAUUUCUAUUUUGGGGAGAUCAAACUUGUCCCCUCCCCAGACAUAAUCUGCUUAUAUACAGCGAGUCUGGUGACCUGUUCCUCAAAAUCAGUUCUGCUCAGCCUUCAAAUUAAAGGUGAUAAAAAAUGGAAAUAGUCUGGAACUUCCUUGGAACUUUCCAGAUACCCUUUGACCCAACAAAUCUCAUCUACCCUGAAAGUCAGACAAAAAGAUAUACCAAAAUAUUUCCAGUGGCACUUCUGGUAAUCCAUGAAUGCCCAUCAGAUGGGGAAUAGUUCAAUAAAUGGCAAAUAAAACUAAUAUUUUGUUAAACUUGUAGGCCCUCAGAAAUAUGCACAAUGACUAUAAUGUGAUCCAAAAUGUACCAUGACAGCAUAGUUUUUGUACUAGUCUCUGGAAAUUAAAGCAAUCGCUUUUAGUGGCAGCAAUAUCUGUUGUGUGUUACCCUGUCAUUUUUUGCAUAUCAUCAAUUGAUUCAUAUGUUCACACACACACACCCUCCAAAAAAAGUUUGUCUUUGGAAAUUAGUAGAUUUGGAGGUUGCAUGAACAUAAUCAUUUUACAUCCACCAUCAAUAGAUUUAUGUGGGUACUAAUGCCAGCAUCACCCUGCCUUUCUCCCCUCCCCCUCAAACAACCAUCUACUGAGACUGAAUAUAAUUCAUUUGCAUUCUAAAUUACUUAGCCAGGGUCACACAGCUAUUUGGGAUUAGGUUUAAACUCGGGUUCUCCUGACUCCAGGGCUGGUACUCUGUACCAUUGUACCACUUUACUGCUGGUAGCUGCUGAUACAUACUACUAUAUGUAGCAAAUUCCCUCCACUGUUUAUUUUAUCCCAUCUUCUACCUAUAUUUGAUUCCAAUCUUGCCUACCCUUUUUGUGCUGCUAUAUAUAGAUUAAAUUACCCUCAAAAGACGGUGCUUCCUUUCAUAUAGGAAUCUGAAUCUUCCUAAUCUACACACACAUAUGCAAGAUACGCAUAUAUACAAUAUGCUUUCACACUUAGCUGAUAACCAUCAUUCACCAACUUGGUGUCAACUAUGAACCUACCCACAGAUUAUUCUUUCACAGGAUAAGGAAGGGUUCCCCCCCCCCCCCCCCUUCCUUCCUACAAAGAGAUUUAGACAUCCAUACUGAUGCUUUGCCCAAUUCCCUAAUCUUAUAGUUCCUCAUAAACCACCUUGACUUAUCCCCAUUAUCUGCUUCCUCUCUUUUUAAGCUCCUAAAUAGAGCUGGGAAAAGUCUCAUAACUAAGCUUAACUUUACCUAGUUAGAAAAGCAGUUCUUAAUUUCAUAGUAAAAAUUUACAAAUUUUUUAUCUCAAUCCUAUCCCCCAACCCAAUUCAGCUUGAGGCCUUUAAUUUACUUAGAGAAUUGGGCUAGUAGUUAUGAGCCUCCCUCUUUUUCAUCCCCAAACCAGUAAUAUCCCCUAUUAUUUUCCCUAGACAUGGCAAUAAGGUAAUCUUUUACUUUGACAAGAUCAACUUCUAUUUAGUUUAAGGGAAAUGGACAGAGAAUAAGCAUUAAGCACAUACUAUGUAUGUGUAAGGAACUAUGCUUAAACACUACAAAAACUUGAUCCUCACAGCAACCCUGUGAGAGGUGCUAUUAUCCCCAUUUUGUAGCUUGAAGAAUAACGACGGGGAACUUGGCUCAGUCACACAGCUCGUUAAAUGUCUUGAGGUCAGAUUUGAAUUGGUCUCAUGAGCAGCGACAGUGCAGAGUUAUGGGGUUCCAGGAUCAGAAAAAAAUAUCUUCCUGAAUUCAAAUGUUAAAUAAAUCCUGUUGCCUUCAAUUUAUAAAAUGACCUGGAGAAGGAAAGGGCAAACCCUCCAGUACCUUUGCCAAGAAAACCAAAAAAAACAAAAUAACACAGGAAAGAAUAACCAAAACAAAGCAUAAUGGUGUCAUAUGCCCGGCAGAAUGUCUAGCGGAUUCAAAAUAUAGAUGCACACAAAUGUACAUAUGCAUCCAGAGCCACACACGUAUAUAAUGAAUGUACAUACAGAGAGCAACAUGCAUAUAGAUACACUUCAGAUGAGUUACUCCUGGGCUCUACCAAGAGGACUCUAAUGAGGUAUUAAGUUAAGCACCUCUAAUUGUGAGUUAAAGGGAUGGUGCCUCUAGCUUGAGUUCAACUCUCUGACAGGAACCCCAUCCAAGAGCUCCCCCAAUGCAGCAUCCCUGCCCCUCUGUUCUGGCUCCUCCAGGGCCAGGUCUCAGCACAGUUGGCCUUCAUUAGUGGGAGCGGAGCGGCUGUCAGGGAGUACAAGUUUGUGUUCCUGCUGAGGCUCCAACCUUACUCAGUCAGCCCCAGGGCUAGCCUGGAGAUGUUUCCUAUGGGCUAAUCCUUAUCUGGGGGCUGUAUCAGGAGACCCUGUUCUGCCCCAAAUCUUCUUAAUCUUUCACUUGUUAGUUUAAGGUGCAAAUUUGUUCUUUUUGUGGGGAGAAUCUGGAGACCUUGAAAUUGACCUACUCUACCAUCUUCCCAGAAUCCU